AUGGCGGCUCUCCUGCAGCCCAAUGAGAAGAGCAGCUACUUCUCCUCUCUUCAUUUCGCAGAAUUAUUAUCACCGCCGGCGAUCGCCGGCGGCGAGCCUUCCGAUUUCGACGCCUGUCAGUAUUUCGAUGGAGCGUUGGAAGCUCCGAUGCUUCGAAUGAUGGAGAGCGGCGAUUUAUAUGAGUGUCAGAUGGAAUAUGAGGAGGUGAAGAGAAGGAAGGCAGAAGCUGGUUGUAGGAUUGGGUUCAGGACAAAGUCUGAGGUGGAGGUAUUGGAUGAUGGAUUCAAGUGGAGGAAAUAUGGGAAGAAAGCUGUGAAGAAUAGCCCAAAUCCAAGGAACUACUACAGAUGCUCGAGCACAGGCUGCGAGGUCAAAAAGAGAGUCGAGAGAGAUCGCAGCGAUUCAAACUACGUGAUAACCAUAUACGAAGGGACUCAUAAUCAUAUGAGUCCAGAUUGCAGGCCAUACACCACUGAUUUUCCUCAACCUGCCAUUAGCUCCCAUUCAUUCCUGAAACCAACACCAUGAACUCUGUAUUCCAUCCCAUCAAACAAACAAUUCACCAUUAUCUGUUUUUAUUUUGUUCAUUAUGUAACCAUCUUCAUUUGGGGCAGUUAGUUAACAUGCAUGCCCCAUAAUUUUUAUGUAUUUACAUGCUUAGCGCCUAUACCUUUUUUGUUUUUUACAUUUA